GUGUGUUUGGUGUUGAUGCAGCGAAGUUAGUGCCAGAGUCAGUGAUGGAGGGAGAUCUUGUCACUCUAAGAACUGAUGUUACUGAAAUACUGCAAUAUGAUCCGAUCCAGUGGAGGUUUGGAGACAUUCUCAUAGCUAAAAUCAACAUGAAGGAAAAUAAGAGCAUAUUUUAUAAUACCAGUGCUGCUGAGAGACUCAGAGACAGACUGAAGCUGGAUCAUCAGACUGGAUCUCUGAGCAUCACAAACACCAGAACCACAGACUCAGGAGUUUAUAAAAUAACCAGCACUGAAACAGAGACACCGCUCAACACAUUCAAUCUUACUGUCUAUGCUCGUAUCUCUGUUCCUGUCAUCAACCAAGACUGUACAUCAUCAUCAUCAAACAAUAAUUGUUCAUUGUUGUGUUCAGUGGUGAAUGUGAGUCAUGUGACUCUCUCCUGGUACAAAGGAAACAGUUUAUUGUCCAGCAUCAGUGAGUCUGAUCUCAGCAUCAGUCUCUCUCUACCUCUGGAGGUGGAAUAUCAGGAUAAAAACACCUACAGCUGUGUGCUCAACAAUCCCAUCAGCAACCAGACUCAACAUCUCAACAUCAGCAGACUCUGUCAGACAUGUGCAGAUCAGGGCAUAUCCUGGUUUUACAGAUUGAUCAUUUCUGCUGCUGCUGGAACUCUGUUGAUUUUAGCUGCAUUUGGAAUCUUCUGCAUCUGCAGGAAAACAGACCAAGAGGGCAAGUAUUACCCACAGCUGAGAUACCUGUAA